UCGCCAUGGGUAGAUUUGACAAGUAGCAUGCCAUCAUAUUGGAAACCUGAAAUGGAUAAAACUGACUUUAUUGCUGGAGUACUAAACAUUCGUAAGCUUGGCCCACCAUCUCCUAUGUCAAUUGAAUAUCUUGAACGCGUAAAAAUUCUCUCGGAAAAAAUUAAACAAAAGAAACCAAAAGUGGUCGGUCAUCCUUCUUUUACCAAAGUUCCAAGAUUUAUGUUAUAUUGCGCAAAUGAAGCUUUGGCCAUUCCUUAUCAAGUAGGUGGUGGUGAAAGAUUUCUAGAUUCAAAUAUUUUAUUCAGUUUCAGAGCUUCCGAUCCAAGUAAAUUUCAAUUACCUAAAUAUGCUACGACAAAUUUUGCUAAUUCACCAUUUAAGAAGCCAACUGAGGUCACUCUUGAAGUUUAUGAAGAGGCGUGUCAUUGUUUUCAAAGUAGUUGCACACUUAAUGGAAGUAUUCCGGAUAAAGAAGAUUCAAAGGCUAUUAAUACUAUAGCAAUUACACCUAAUGGUGACGUUAAAGAGUUAGAUGAAAAAUUCCUUGAAUGUUUAAAGUGGGAGAAUUUUGGAGUUGUCCCAGAAUUAGAAGUUGAAACUUGA